CGACUCUGUUGUUCCAUUUGAUAUAAAUAUGUUUUCCUUGUCUUUCAUUUUUCACGAUUUCUCGGGAACCAACCGGAUCUUCUAAUAUUUAUUUUCCCCUGCAUUUUUUGUUGAUCGGGCUUGUUUAAUUUAACCCCCUUUUUUCUGUUUUUAAAAAGGAACCGAGAUUACUUUUUCUUGUCUUUAAUACUGUCAAGUACAUGAGUUCAGAAAUUAUUUUUUAUUUUACUAUUUAGUUUUGACCCUUUUUUUUGCUGUUAUUAUUUUCGAAUUUCGUGAUAUUGUUGAAAAAUUGAAAGCUUUAUGUCAUUUAAUCGAGGCGGGAAUCUGCAUUUGUUGCCAAAAAGCGAAUAUAUAUUUGCGUGAUUUCAUUAAGGUUUCUGGCUUUAGUUGGGUAAUGAUCAAAUUGUAUUGAAAAUCGUUAUGAUUUGUUUUUGUGAAUAUUUAUUAGCCUAUUAGGUCUCUAUUCAAUACUUACCUAGAUUAUAAAUCUAUGUUAUUACUUUGCCUUUUUGAUGAUGGGUUCUGUUUCUAUAAAAUGAGUUGCUUUGCUUGUCGCUACACUCGCUUGAGACUUGAGAGUUCUGAGGCUGGAGCCGGAGAAGAAAAGGAUAAUCUAUGGAGGACGGCGCAGGAAGAGGUUUGGAAUGCCAGAAGAUUAUGGAUGGGAAGGUGAAUAAUGGAAAUAGCUCAGAGAAGGCUAUUCCUUCUUGUUGCUUGAAGGCUAGAGCAUCUGCACCUGAGCUUGAUGCCAAAUGCCAUUCUACAGUUGUUUCUGGGUGGUUCUCAGAAUCCUAUUCUUGCUCUGGUACAGGUAGCAAAAGGGUUUACUUCAACAAUCCGAUGUGGCCUGGAGAAGCCCAUUCAUUGGAAGCAAAGAACAUUUUGUACGAGGGGAAGUCGGAGUAUCAAGAGAUCUUGGUUUUUGAGUCAUCUGCAUAUGGCAAAGUGCUCGUUCUUGAUGGCAUUGUCCAGUUGACUGAGAAAGAUGAGUGUGCCUACCAGGAGAUGAUAGCUCAUCUUCCACUUUGUUCAAUUCCAUCACCCAAAUCUGUACUUGUUGUUGGUGGUGGUGAUGGUGGAGUUCUUAGGGAAAUUUCCCGCCAUAGUUCAGUGGAGCUCAUUGAUAUUUGUGAGAUAGAUAAGAUGGUUAUAGAUGUGUGUAAGGAAUAUUUUCCAGAAUUAUCUGUUGGAUUUGAGGAUCCUCGUGUUCGACUGCAUGUAGGUGAUGCUGUGGAAUUUCUUCGUCUUGCUCCAGCAGGGAAGUAUGAUGCAAUUAUUGUUGAUUCAUCAGACCCUGUAGGUCCAGCUCAAGAGCUUGUGGAGAAGCCCUUUUUUCAGACAAUAGCUAGAGCAUUAAGGCCCGGUGGAGUCCUCUGUAAUAUGGCUGAAAGCAUGUGGCUUCAUACGCAUCUUAUUCAGGAUAUGAUUUCUAUUUGCUGUGAAACAUUCAAGGGUUCUGUCCGUUAUGCCUGGGCAAGUGUUCCAACAUAUCCAAGUGGUGUGAUUGGAUUUCUGUUAUGCUCAACAGAGGGGCCACCUGUUGAUUUCUUGAAUCCUGUCAAUCCUAUUGAGAAGUUAGAAGGAGCAGUCAAAUAUAAAAGAGAACUUAGGUUCUAUAAUUCGGAGGUUCACUCAGCUGCUUUUGCAUUACCAACAUUUUUGAAGAGGGAGGUGAAAUUGCUGCGUGAUUCUCCAAUUCUGGCAAAAGGAGUCGACGUUUCGUAAUGUGGAGGUCUGCUUAUAAGAAACUUUAUGAUGAAUGGAACUAUUUAUUGAUGGGGAUUUGGUGGAAGGCAGUAAUAUUACAUAUGGUUUCUAGGUACAUGUAACUAGUUGAUGAGUUAUCAAGUGAUAGUUGCACGGUGUUUUGGUAGAUGAUGAUAGCUACCUCCCUCAUCUAUUGGAGUGAUGAAAAAUUGAUGAUUUUAGUUAUGUCACUGCAGAAUCUAAAGCCAAUCCUAAUAAAUAAUAGCUGCAUGCUUCCACUUUAUUA